CCACACAUAUUUGAGGAACUAGAAGAAAAUACACCACAUUGCGCACGCACAGUGAUGUAAAAAAAGUUAGCAAGAAAUGAGAGGGAGGUUCUUUUUAAUGAGUAGUGAGCACUAAGACGAUUAAGCUAUUGGUCUUUAACCAUUGUAUUUGUAUCUAUGAAAAUUAAAUUGUUUGAGAGACCGAUAACCACUGGAAAAAAUGAUAGUGUAGACUAGAUGCCUGAAGUUUUUGUUUCUUAGUGGUUCUUUACACGAUUCCUUUGCGGUUUAUCUGUAUAGGUCCCAAAUAAUACUUGAAUAGUGAAAUGCAUCUUAGUUUUGUCACCUUAACAUAUUCAUGAUACUAGAGAUAAAGAUCACUUGAAUAGGUUUUUCUCACAGAAUACUUAUCAAUCUACUAUAUUCUUUCAGUUCACUAAUAAAAUUGCUUCUACCACUUUGGUCUGUCUUGCAAACUUAACAUGAAGAACAAAUUUAACAUGGCCACUUGAGUAGUUGAGAUAUUCUAUGUUUAACCUGUGUAUUUAGUUUCUUCCACUUGGUUGACGUUAUGAUGGUGUUGAAACUUGAAACUCAUACUGGUGGUUCUUGUUGGAUAUCAAAACUCUUCAUAUUGAGCAUAUGAUGGUAAAUUUUCUACUUGCUUGACAUUAUGAUGAUUUUGUAUUUUAAUUAAGAUCUCCAUUUAAAAUGACAUGCAUAAUUCUCUAUUUGUAUGAUUGGAUUAAUUCUAGGAACAACAAGCAAAUGAGACAAGUAAUCCAUAAAUUGCAAAUGUAAUUGUAUCAUUUUUCUUACUUUGCUACUUGCAUUCAGUUCCUUUCUGGACACUAAUUAAUUAAAAUUGAAAACCCACGUUAAUUUUGACUAGCAAUGUGCAACAAAUUGUGCUUACAAAGCUCUAAACUACAAAGAAUUUAGAUGCUUCCCGUUGACAUCUUAACAAUAAAUGUGUUAUCACUUUAUCAUUAAUAACCAGUCAUCCGAGAACAUCCAGAUAUCUUGAUUAUAAGUGACAACAUAAUUAAAUAGGCAACAUACAAGAUCCAAAACCUAAUCCAACAACAAACAGAAAACCAAGAAUCGCAACAGUCAAAGACAUCUUAACCUUCCACAACCAAGAAUGUACAGAAAACUCUAAUCCAAGAACAUUCAAGAUCAUCUAGUGAAUCAAAGCCCUAAUCCUAAAACAACUAGAGAACCAAAAACCUAAUUGGUGUUAUAGAAUCAUUUCUCUGUGAAAAUAGUUGAAUCAAAACCCUUAUCGAGUUGAGGAAAACGGAACAUACCUGAAAUUAGUCCUCUUCUUUAUCAUCAGAAAUCUUCAGGCCGAAAUCAUCGAGCUGCUCGUUGAUCGUUGCUCUUGAUGCGUCCUUGUCGAUCUUUAGAAGGUUGAGCGUUUCGUUGGAGAGGGUCGAGGUAUGGCCCCAAGCUGUGUGCACUUCCAUGACUGUAGGGAUUGAAGCCUUGAAGAGACAGGUAGGACACUGUAGCUUACCAUUGUGCAUUUUCUCUAUGUGCUUGUCCAUACCAUUACGGUCUGCUUUCUUAGAGCAAGGGUAGCAGUAAUAACCGUGGCGGUGAGCUAUGAUAGUUGCCUUCUUGUGAGCGCGACGACCACUUUUGGAGGAGGGGGGCCAUUGUUCUGUUAGAGGAGGGGAUCACGAUGAAGAGGACAGAGUUUUAGGAGAAAGAAGACAUCCGAGAGCGUGAGAAGAGCAGUGUUAUAAAUAUCGGCCGCCAUGUCCAUGGCGGUUUUAUACCCUAGCCGUCACGAUAUCCUUUAUUUCAAUGCGUAUUGCGUUUCUGAGGUCAUGUCGGAAAAUAUCGGGUAUGUCGGGCGCCAUUGCGGCCAAGAAAUAUCGGCCAAAUUUUAGAAAAAGUGGUUUUAAGCUUAUUAGGUCAAGUUUGAAAAACCCGACUCAGAAAUCAGGUUUUUACAAUUGGUUAGUGAUCCUAACAUCAAUAAUUUAUGUACUUUUUCAUAUGUUUAGAUAAUAUAAUUAUCAAGUAUGUGAAGAUUUCAUUUAUGAUAUUAUAUCAACUUAUCCGAUAUGGUAAUCCGAUAUUUUUUUCAUGUCCCCCGAUAUAUCCCCGAUUUUCGCUAUCCGACAUGAAUUUUGGCCGACCAACAUGAACCCGACAUCCGACAUUUAAAACAUUAGAGAAGAGAGUAAGGCAAAGUUUUGGGGAUUUUUUAAACCUAGGUGGGGCUGGGUUUUUAAUUAACUGGGGUUAAAUGAGAUCUAUUUCUCAGAUACUCACAUAACCGUAUUCCGUUUGAAACAAAUCUCGUUAAAAAAACGUUAUCUUUUCGAUAUUAAUCCCAAAUCUUUCAUAUUUUCAAAUUAAUCUCUCAAAUCAUUGAAAUUACUAUUAAGCCCCGCAACUUGUCCCUCAAAUCAGAAAAUAAAAAGAAAAAAUCUAAUAAAUAAUUCAAUUAUUUAAAAAUGACAUAAAUUUCAAUCUUUAAAUCAAAACCUCCAAUCUUUUGUGUUUUCCUCUUGAAAUCAAUCCAUAAUCAGCCCUUCUUAUUAGCUGCACUCACCUAUGUUACGCAUGCACGAUGAUUGUCAUGUGAUGUCGAAAAAGCAAUACCGCAAACAUAUACCUUUACGCAGAACUAGCUUGAAUUAUGACAUAAAUUAUGGCCUAAAUACGCUCUUUAAUCAUGUUAACACCAGUAGAAAAAUGAAGAUUCUUGACGGAUCAAACUAGACUGAAAUUAUUCUAUCUUAAAAAUUCCGUCUAGGUUGGCUACCUAGACUGAUUUAAAAAAAAAUAUAGGUCCCACCAUUCUGGACAGAAAUUUUCCUUGUGGGGCCCACCUAAAAAACCCAAUCUGCCUAAACACCCGCUACCACCCCACUUCAUUCCACUCGUUCAAAACUUUCCGCAUAGACCCCAUCUCUCCCUCCUUAUCCUCUCCUCCACCACCAGACUCUUCGUCCUCAUCCCCUUUGUGUCCCCGCCAGCGCCGCACGUCCGCACGUUGUUAGUUCGGUCGCCCGCACCGCUUCACCGCACGCCCGCACGCUGAACGCCGCACGCCGACUUGAUGCGAUAGCAAAUACUUAUCAUGCCAUAGGAGCUGACGACAAGGAAUAUUAUAGAUGGGCUCAUUCAAUGGACUCACUAUCGAUCUCUUGAAGCUUAUCGCUGAAAAAAUAGCCAAUCAUGCAGAUGUUCUUCGAUUUGGCGCUGCUUGUAGGGAAUUCCGCUCCAUAAUCAUGAAUAACCUUCAGUUGCUUCCACCAAAGUUACCGUUGUGCCUCUGUGCCCUCCCAAGUAAACCCCCUCCCCUACCAUUGCUAAUGCAGUUUCGUGAUAACGAGUGGGAAAACAUCAACUUCUUUUCUCUUUCGGACGGAAGAAAUCAUGGGGAGUUUCUUGUUCCAGAAAUAGGAAACAAGUGGGUCGUUGGGUCCAGUCAUGGUUGGUUGUUUACGGUGGACACCCGAGGUAGAGACAUUCAUCUCUUGAAUCCAUUAACGAGGGCCCAAAUCCCUCUCCCAUCUCUCGACGCAUUUGUGCAUCCUAGAGGUGGUUUCACAGACUCUGAAUACAAUGAUUUCGGGUUUGUAGAGAAGGCCAUUCUAUCCUCAGAUCCUUCGAAUAAGAGGAGAAACUCGGUUGAUGGUGAUGACUGCGUAAUAGCCAUGGCAAUCAUCUCCAAUCCCUGCGUGCUUUCAUUUUGUAAGGUCGGAGACGAUAAGUGGACCAAUGUAGAGGGUUCCCUGACGCAACUCCAAGAUGUCAUUUAUUACAAGGGUCAGAUCUAUGCUGUUAAUUAUGAGGGGAUAGCUGUUGUUUAUGAUUUUGCAGGUGAUAAGAAGAUGAAACAAAUUGCAAAUGCACCAGACAUGCUUAUAGACGACAGAUAUCUGGUUGAAUCAAUACAUGGAGAGCUGUUGCUAGUCGUGAGAAUGCUUGAUUAUGGAGAUGAUGAAGAUGAUGGACAUGACAAUGAUGAAGAGGAUAAAGUCGUGUAUGAAACAACUGAUUUUUUGGUGUACAAGCUUGAAUCUGUUGAUGAGCCUAUCAACCCUGAAGGUGUUCAUUUCAUGACCGUCAAUGGAAUUGCAGAGAGAGGUAAUUUCCAGUUUAAAUGGGUUGAGAUUGAGAGCUUGGGUGAUCAAGCUUUGUUUUUGGGUCAGAAUUAUUCACUGUGUGUACCAGCAGUUGAGUAUCAAGGAUGCAAGCCAAACUGUAUUUAUUUUACAGAUCAUGGGUUGGGGAACAGGAACAUUGCGAGGGGAAAUUUGAACGACGAGGAGAUCAGUAAGGAGUCCAUUUGUGACAUGGGCAUAUACGACUUCGGCGAUGAAAGCUUUCAAAGGUUUAGCCAACUAAAUGUCAAGUACCAUGCACCCCCCAUUUGGAUCUCACCAAAUCCAUGGUAGAUUUGUGAACUGUUUCCAGUGUGAUAAUUUCUAUUUAUGUCGUGCAGUUAAUUUUGGUAUGUCAGUUACAUUACUCUCGAUUAUGUUCAGUUCACUACAUAAUGAAGCAUGAAUUGCAGUUUAUUUUUCUUUUCA